UUGCCUGGAAAAUCAAGACGUUCGUCGUCGUCGUCGUCGUCGUCGUUUUUUUUUUUAACGUUCAUUUGGGCUAAUGAACAUGACAUUGUACAUUUGUUUCUCGCUUACGUUUAGUAUAACACACUGAAAACACUUACAUGGCCUCAAAAGGCCUGCUUCCUUCUUCCCCUCAUGGAGCGGACAGGAAGCGACCACCAUCCUUACGAACUAGCAAAACUACCAACAGCUCAAAAUCCUCUUACGCUCGUGUUUCCCGUCUCGUCGCUACCGUCGUUCACGUCAUGGUCCACCACCUCUCCCUUCCUCCAGACUCCUUUCUGUUGCCAGAACACCCUUCACAAUGGCUCACUGUCGCCAAGCAAACGCAAUCAACUCCGGCCGGUCGGCCACCAGCGGCCCUGUCUGUCUUUGCACAACGGCUUAUUUCUGGCUCAAAAUUGAGUUUGCCUGUCAUUCUAGUGGCUCUCAAGUACGUGGAAAGAUUUCUGCAUCGAAAGAGAGAACGAGCCGGCGGAGCAAUGAUGGUGGACAAUCACGUCGAAAUGCACAUGGAGCCUGGAAAUGUCGUGUCGGAAGGUCAGCGCGCUGUAUCGGGAGAUUCAACGUCAGAAUUUGGAGUGCUAGUCGCAGCUCUCGCGGCUGCGAACAAGUUUCUUGACGACUCGCGGUACUCAAAUCGUUGGUGGGCAAAGGUCGCGCAGAUGCCCCUGGAUGAACUCAAUGGAAUCGAAAUGGGGUUUUUGGCUGGUAUUUCCUUUGAUUUGUACGUUCCAGAAGCAGAAUACGUUGAAUGGGUCACAGCGAUGCAAAAGUUUGCCCGCUGGUUGGAGGAGCAAGCUGUAACAAGCACGCCGAUCAACGACGCGGCAGCGCCGCCUCUGCACACACCACAUCAACGCCUAUCACGAUCUUCAACGUCUAGUUCUACCUCCCAUUCCACUCCAUCUUCCACUCUGAACCCGAUAUUUCUGUCACCAAAUACCCCCACUGCUCCUAUCGCACCGGCAGCGUCCGCAACAGCCGUUGUAUCACCUCUGCCAUCACCAGUACCAGCAGCGCUCCCCCUAGGCAUGUCCUGGAACAACAUCUCUCCUUAUCUCCCAAGUCUCUCUUCACACCACGUGCAUUCCCCGGCAUCUCCAGCAGAUGCGUCAUUCAUACCCCAGGCUGGACAUCCUCGACCAAUGUCGUACACGAGCUCACCGAUUAGCGAUGCCGCCUCGUUGCGCUCGACUGGAUCGAGCACGCGGAUCUCGUCACCAAAUAUCAUCGCCACCACAGGACCUACCGUCUUGGUUACGUCGGCACAGGGACAUACCAACUUGGGGAGAUCUGGCGCCGUACGAAAGAAGCGUGCGGAUCCUCUGUUAGGUGUGCGGAAUCCGCAUCACCCUCAUCAGCAUCGCGUUCAACCGUAUCACCUACAAAUUGCCCCUGCGCAAAGUGACCACAACUACUUCCCACCUCACCCUCCCGUAUCACCAUUACACCAUCGCGCAAGCAUGUGCUCUGUCUCUUCCAGUGCAUCUCUGUCAUCCAUGUCUUCUUCGUCAACGACAUCCACUUUUGAGGCCUUUUUGUAUCAGCAAACUGUCCUAGAGAAAAUGCUGGAAGGCCGUGGACGCGACUCGGAAAGCGUCGUCUCAAAUAGUUGCCCUAGCGUUACCUCGGAGGCUCCAAGUGUGUGGUCCAUGGGAACCGCAUCAUCAUUUGGCAGUAAUGGAAGCUCCUGUCCUGGAUUGCCAGAGACGACCUCAUUACCGCGAUGGUACAAGCAAGGUGAUGAUAACGGUGAUAUGUCGCAGCCGUCUCAAGUUGUCGAAGCUACCGAUGGGAAAGGCUGGAGCCUCCCUAGGUGGUUUAGGGUGGAGGAUGGACAGGAGGAGAAACAAGGAGAGCGAGGUGACAAUGCAAUGGAGGUGGAUGCAUAGCAGAGAUAGGUGGAAAUGUAUCGGACUUGUACAGGUAAAAAUAAGGUGCCUCAUAACGUUUGAUAAUGAAUGGCCAGCGGGAAUAUAAACUGGGCUUGGUUGGGGGACGGUGGGGAGGUCUUUUGUGUAGUAGAUGGGACACUAGCUAUCUACCCUGUGUUGGUCGAUAUAGUCUUUUGAAUUCCCUCCAUUAUUUUCUUCCGGCAAAUGUUUUGUAAGCCGGGGUGUUGAUGAGCGCUAUGGAGGCUUUUCUUGGAUGUGUUAUUUUGUUUUAUAUUAGUCACAGCUCUUUCCUCACUGUGUACUCUGAAUUGUAUUUUGCAUGUCAUGACACUGA